AUGUUUGGCUUUGGUAGAAAGAGUUUUGAAUCAAAGGAAGGAUUUCAUUGGAAUACGAUUAUGUCUAUUAUCGCGGGAGUUCUAUUUGCAAUCGGCUGGUGGAUUAUCAUUGAUAUGAGUUGUCAAUACCCGCAACAAUCUGAUUUUAACAGGAUUUAUCAUAUUAUUGGUAUAGUAGCUACAUUAGCGCUUAUACUAGCCAAUUCUGUAUCAAAUUCUCAAAUCAGUAGUUAUAAUAAUGCUAGCGUACGAAUUGGAGCUCGACUUAUCCUAUUUAUUUCAUUUAUAUUCGUAUUUGGCUCAUUUAUUGCUAGUGUCUGGGUAUUAUUUGGUUACUAUGUUGCUUAUAAAAAAGAACGACUUUAUCCUGGGCUAGCUAUUUUCGGACAGAAUCUCGCUAUUUUAAUUAGCACAUUGAUCUUGAAAUUGAGUCGUAAAGAAAAUAUUCUUUAUUAA